ACAGCGAUCGCUGAUAUGAGGAGAUCUCACAGCAAGAACUCUUUGCACACAGCUGUUCGCGCUGAGCGUGUAGCAGAAGGCGGGCUCUCGCGGGGUAUAUGGAGCCAUCCCAUUGACGCCUCUCAUCCUCACAGUAUGUCUGAUCGCUUUCGGGAGGAGACCUCCGAGCUCCUGGAGGACUACAUUCACCAUUACCUCGGCAACGGAUGCCAGGCGGCCCCUAGUCCCGCUGCCCAAACCCUACGGAGGGUGGCCGCGGAAAUGCUGGACAUCAACCGCCCUUUCUAUGAAUCCUGCGACAAGAUCCCCGGGAACCCCAGAGCCGUGUUGCAAACUGUAGCGGCCCAGAUGCCGGAGGAAGGAGGACUGAACUGGGGCCGGAUUGUGUCUCUCAUCGUAUUUACUGCAAUAUUGGCCAAGAGGGCGAGGGUCCAGAAUACGGCGACCCCAAAGGAGCUGGCCGAGGUCCUGACUCAGUUCCUGGCGGGGGAGCACAGAGACUGGCUUCAGACCAAUGGGGGAUGGGCUGGAUUUCACAAAUACUUCAACAACAAGGAAGGUCAUCAGUCCCAAGAGAACAGUUCUGUAUCUGGAGCGCUGGUGGCAGCCGCUGGAUUUGGGCUUGCAGGAUUGGCCUUGCUUCUGGCAGUACGAUGAGGACACCACUCCCGAGGCAGAUGGCGUGAAGAUUAACCUCAAACUAUCACUAUAGGACUUGCUGAUAUUUGUCUUGGAAAGCCGAUAUUCAGAGCUGACAUGGGCAAUGUUUACUAAGCAAUGUUUAACACUGCCAUUCUGAUGCAUAUAAUCCAUAUUAUAUUUUUUUAAUGCAAUGCAUCAUUUUUAAUAUGUGCACCAAGGCAGAGCCAACGUACCACAAGGGCACAAGGAGCUUUAAGUUGCUUCAGCAGGCUAGCUUAAGGCCAGGCUAGCAGUUACAACCCACGUUUGAAUGAUCUUUAUGUUCUUUAAUCUCAUAGUUGAAGAAUACUGUAUGCCAGUUCUGCACAAUGUAAAAAAAUGUAUUUAUAAAUAUUACUUUGCCAGACUACGAACAAUGUUGUUCUUCUAGCCAGUGCUACAAUUUAAUGCACCCAUCCAAACCCAAUAUUAUGCAUAUAUGAAAAAAACAAA